GGAGAGUUGCAUGCCACGCGCCGACGUCGACGUGUCGAAGAUGUUGAAGUCCUUGCUGAGCGUGUCCUGGGCGAUGUGCCUCCUGGGGAGGAUGGGAGCAACCAGCAUGGACCCAGGUUCCAUCCGAAGAUCCCAGCGAGAGUUUCCCGGGAAACUGGCCCCGGGAAAUGCGAAUCUGGAGGAAAAGUCGAUCCCUCUUCCUCGUUUAUACGAGGGGGAGAGACCCUCAGGACUCCCCGGGGCGACGAAUCUGGGAGAGAUGCCGCAGCUGAGAGAGCUUCCUGGGACCAGGAACCUGGCCGAGAAGGCGAUUCCCGAGUGGAUCACCCUGAAGAGGAGCCGGGAAAUCUCGUCCAUCCCGAGAUCCGAGGUGGAGGUCCUGUCGUUCCCUCUGGAGCCGACGAAGGACUUCCAGGAUUUCAGAACUGCCAAAGGUCUGUCCUCGAAGGACCUGGGGGGACUCUUCGGGGACUCUAGGAAAGGACCUCUUCCAGAUCUUUCUAAUCAACCCUAGGGAUGGACUUCCAGGAUCGCUUCGAGAUGUAACAAGGACUUCCAGCUCGCUUAUCAGCCUUAUCGGAUGCUCGAUGAGUCCCUUAUCGAGACUCCUGUCGAUCCAUUAAACGUCUCUCCAUUUUUUAUCCCGGGUGUCCGUUUUUAAUUUAAUUCCGAUUACAUGCUGAUCAUGAAA